AUGCCGUCGGCGUGCAGCCAACAGGUGAGAGUCGGGCGCGGUGGCGAGCAAUACAAGAUGCUCUGCUUGGAGCGGGGUGACACGACACUCAAGUCGACGACGGAGGCGACACCCUGCCGCGUUUUGAGCGUCGGAAGCAACGGCGACGCCGCCUUUGAGAUCGACAUGCGGCGGCGGUACCCCGGCUGCCUCUUCGAGACGUGGGACGGCACCUUAGGGGGCGCUCGCGAGCACCUUCGUCACCAGCUGCCCUCGUGGCUGCGCUUUGUGGAUCGCAACUUCGAUUAUUCGUCGUCGGGCGUGUGGCUCCAGCGGCAGCAUACCACGCGGUCCUCCGCCGAUGCCAGCAAGCCCUCUCUUUCGGUCCUGAAAAUUGAUUGCGAAGGAUGCGAGUUCAAAGCGCUGAUGCCGUGGCUCUCGAGCGUCUGCACCGAGCAGGUGCUCCUCGAGCUGCACUUUUUGAAGCGAGACGCCCCGAAGCUGGCAAAACUGCUUGCCGCACUCAGCAGCGAGUACCACCUCUUUUACGGCGAGAACAAUCCGGUGUGCGGCGGCCCCUACAGCGGACAUCGCUGCCUCGAGACGGCGUGGCACAGGCGUAGGCCUUGCUUGUAG